GGGCGGGACUUCGGCGGUAGAAGGCGCAGCGGCUGUUUCUGGUUCUGGCUCUGGGCAGGAGUGCGGUGGCAUCCACGCAGCCUCUGCUACUGCUGCUGCACCUGGUCAGGUGACAUUCAGCAUCAUCACUGUUUUCUUCUUUCAUCGUUAUCUUUAUCAUCAUCACCACGACCACCACCAUCAGCAUCUCUUCCUCCAUCAGAACUCUCAAUGUUAUAUAAAGGGAAACUAUUCAAGCUUAUCCAGAGGAACAGAAGUGGCCUAUCUUCUUGGAUUUCUUGUAAAACAGAAGUAGUGGAAGAGGAAAAUAAAAGGCAGCCUCAUUGCUGGAGAGGACUGUUAGCUGCCUUCUCUGCCUAGCCACCAUCACAUGCCUCUCCACUGGAGCCUGGGAAGCCUGACCACAGACCGGAGUCUCCACAGCAUGAAUAAUUAGGUAGGCAUAAUGGAAGGCACACACUGCACCCUCCAGUUGCAUAACCCCAUCACUGAACUCUGCUACAUCAGCUUCUAUCUUCCAAAGGGGGAAGUCAGAGGAUUUUCAUACAAGGGCACUGUAACUCUAGACAGAUCCAAUAACGCUUUUCACAACUGCUACCAAGUCAGGGAGGGGCCAGAUAUCACCAGCCUCAGCCAGCAGCCGAACGAACAUCCAGGAGACAUAUUUUUCAAGCAGAUUCCCACGAAAGACAUUCUGACUGAGCUGUACAAACUCACAGCGGAGAGGGAGAGACUGUUGGCCAGUCUACUGAGCUCAGACCACAUCCUGGGCAUUUCCAUGGGGAUCCAGGAGGGGAAGCAGGAGCUGUCUGUGAGUCUUACCCCUCAGGACGACUGGUUCCAGAGUGCUGGUGACUGGCGCGGGGAGCUCCCUGUGGGCUCUCUCAUUAAAAGGAGAACCCAAGAGAACAAAAAGCCCCGGAGGUCUGGCGGAAGGAGAGAGAGCUCAGAGGAGCUGCAAAAGAAGAGAACCAGGAGGAAAGGGCGUGGCCGCCAGGAGUCAGUUCCUCAGAUGGGGAAGGACCAGAUCUGUUCCAGCAGCUCCCUUCCUCCUUCUCGAGCAAGGCCUAAUCUUCGGCUCCUUGAAGAAAGAGGAAACUUGGUUCCACAGGGGACACUUACCUCUUCCCUACGGAGGAGAGAGAGCUGCCCUGCAGACAUCCUUAGGACACCAGAUGCAGACCUGGGUUUCAGGUUCUCAAGGAGGACCUCACAGGACACUGACCUUGGAGGACUGCAGCCCCCUAACAACCGCUCCAUCUCCUCUGAGGCAGGAGAUGCUAGCGUUGGAGGGCAACCAAAGAGUCCUGGCAAGCUGGAGCCUCAGCAACCAGGUUUGUCUGAAAGUCUGGAGGGCACUGAGAAACAUUCAGAGGCAGAGAGGGGCGGGACUCGGAAGUCAAAGUCUUUGGAGCGGACUUGCAAGAAGAAACCUGUUUCCAGAGUGGUGGCCAAGGUCCAGGAGCUGUCUGCUCAAGUGCAAAGAGUAGUCCCGACGCAUCCUGAAGGGGAGGGAAGGAUUGCCUUUUGCCCAGAGGCCCAAGCUGAGUUUAUCCCUAAAGCGGAUUUGCUCACCCUCCCAGGAGCCAGGGCUGAGACUCAUAGUUCUCGAUGGCUGGGAGAGGGCCAGCAAGGGGACAAGUCAUUGCAGCCCUCAGCCACAGAAAGAACCUCCAUUUCAGGUUCUCCAGCCAGCACUGAGGGAGCUGUAAACAAGGUCCUCCGGAAAGUGAUAGAAAGCGAGAAGUUAGAUGAAGCCACGGAGGGAAAAAGGCUAGGCUUCUCCCACAGCACAGCGGUUACCCUCACCUUCCCAGAAACCAGAAGCCAAAGGAAGACUCAGCUGCCCCAGACUGGCCACAAAUCCUUGUUUCUGCAUCUGCCCCACCCUGUAGGUCCCGUCUUGUCACAACCCAGAGAUGAUGAGAGGAGGGCAUCCCCCCCAGCACCAACAGCUCUCAGCAUGGUAUUUAAUAAUUCAUCCCUUCAGCCCAGCGCACACAAACGCCUGUCACCUGUUCUUUCGCCUCUGUCUCCGAGGUUCCCCAGCCCUCAGCAGCACCACAGGAUCCUCCGGCUCCCUCCGCUGCCUGGUGAAGGGGAAGCUGUUCUUAAUGAGUGUCCUGGUAGAAAGAACGGUAUCUCCUCUGGGUUCCCUUCUGUUGACACCUUGGAGCCACCAUCUUCUGCAAAGGUCACGGAGUCCAAAGGAGCCAGCCCAACUUCCCUCAGAGCAGGCCAACCUUGGUUGGUACCCGGGGAACCUUCAGAAAAGGGGUUGGGGCCAGAGAAGAUCACAGCUCAGUCCCAGUACCAGCCACCUCCAGGCAUCUCCUCUGAAGGCUUUCCCUGGGACAGCUUCAAUGAACAGACAGCUAAAGACUUUGCCAGUAGGGAUGGAGGUGCUUGGGUCCUGGGAUACAGAGCAGGCCCAUUUCUGCACCAUGAAGAAAGAGAAAAGCGAAGCAGAAGCGAAUUGUUCUUGGAUCUCAAUCCUGACCAGAGCCCUACAGAGCAGGACGACAGGACUCCUGGCAGACUACAAGCAGUCUGGCCACCCCCAAAGACAAAAGACACAGAAGAAAAAGUGGGACUGAAGUACACAGAAGCAGAAUACCAGGCUGCUAUUCUACACCUGAAGAGGGAGCACAAAGAAGAAAUCGAAAACCUGCAGGCUCAGUUUGAACUUAAGGCAUUUCACAUCAGGGGCGAGCAUGCAUUGACAACAGCGAGACUAGAAGAAACCAUUGAAAAUCUCAAACAACAAUUAGAGCACCGAUGGGGAGGAGGAUGUGAGGAGAUGCGAGAUGCCUGCAUCGCCACUGAUGAUGACUGUCCUCCAAAAGCCUACAGAAAUGUGUGCAUCCAGACAGACAGAGAGACCUUCCUCAAGCCCUGUGAAGGGGAAAGCAAGACAGCCAGAAGCAACCAGAUAGUGCCUAAGAAGCUGAAUAUCUCCUCUUUAAGCCAGCUCUCUCCCUCAAAGGACAGCAAAGAUACCCACGCACAACUUCAGGCUGGGGAAAGCAUUUCAUCAAGUCAACAGAAGACGUCACCUCCACCCCCCAUACCACCACCUCCUCCCCCUGCUAUACCUCCCCCUCCACCCCUCCCACCUGGACUUGGACCUUUGCCACCAGCACCUCCCAUACCACCUGUGAGUGCUGGGCCACCACCACCACCACCACCACCUCCACCUCCUCCACCACCUCCACCUCCUCCACCACCUCCUCUACCUCCAAGUGCUGGGCCUCCCCCACCUCCUCCCCCACCACCACUUCCUAAUGCCCUGGCUCUUCCCAACAGUGGAGGGCUGCCUCCUCCUCCCCCCGGUCUUGCACCCCCACCUCCUCCUGGGCUCUCCUUUGGACUCAACUCUUCUUCCAGCCUGUGUCCUCGUAAACCAGCCAUUGAGCCCAGCUGUCCCAUGAAGCCUUUGUACUGGACUAGGAUACAAAUAAUUGAUAAGAGCCAAAACGCCACACCAACUUUAUGGGAUUCCUUAGAAGAACCUCAUAUUCAGGAUACUAGUGAAUUUGAAUAUUUAUUCUCCAAAGACACAACUCAACAGAAGAAAAAACCUCUGUCAGAGACCUAUGAGAAAAAAAACAAAGUCAAAAAGAUCAUCAAGUUAUUGGAUGGAAAACGUUCUCAAACUGUGGGAAUCUUGAUCUCUAGUUUACAUUUAGAAAUGAAGGAUAUCCAACAAGCCAUAUUUAAUGUGGAUGACUCUGUGGUUGAUCUGGAGACCCUGGCAGCCUUAUAUGAAAACCGAGCCCAAGAGGAUGAAUUGAUAAAAAUAAGAAAGUAUUAUGAGACAUCCAAAGAAGAAUUGAAGCUUCUGGACAAACCUGAACAAUUUUUACACGAGUUAGCCCAGAUUCCUAAUUUUGCUGAGCGUUCCCAGUGCAUAAUCUUCAGGUCUGUGUUUUCUGAAGGUAUCACUUCCUUACACCGAAAAGUAGAGAUUGUCACACGUGCCUCCAAGGCCUUGCUGCACAUGAAGAGUGUGAAGGACAUCUUAGCUCUCAUUCUGGCUUUUGGAAAUUACAUGAAUGGAGGAAAUAGGACUCGAGGACAAGCAGAUGGAUAUAGCUUAGAAAUUCUGCCCAAACUCAAGGACGUCAAAAGUCGGGACAGUGGAAUGAACCUGGUGGACUACGUUGUGAAGUAUUACCUACGGUACUAUGAUCAGGAAGCUGGAACGGAAAAAAGUGUUUUCCCACUGCCCGAACCACAAGAUUUCUUUCUGGCCUCCCAAGUCAAGUUUGAAGACCUCAUAAAAGACUUGAGAAAACUGAAGAGACAGCUAGAAGCAAGUGAGCAACAGAUGAAGUUGGUGUGCAAGGAGUCCCCAAAAGAAUAUCUACAGCCUUUCAAGGACAAGCUGGAAGAGUUCUUCCAGAAAGCCAAAAAAGAGCAUAAAAUGGAAGAAAGUCACUUGGAGGACGCACAGAAAAGUUUUGAAACAACAGUAGGAUAUUUUGGAAUGAAGCCAAAGACUGGAGAGAAGGAGGUCACACCCAGCUACGUGUUUAUGGUGUGGUUUGAGUUCUGCAGUGACUUCAAGACAAUUUGGAAACGGGAGAGUAAAAACAUAUCUAAAGAAAGAUUGAAAAUGGCUCAGGCAUCAGUCAGCAAGCUGACAUCAGAGAAGAAAGUGGAGACAAAGAAAAUCAACCCUACUGCCAGUCUGAAAGAAAGACUGCGUCAGAAGGAAGCCAGUGUGGCUACCAACUAAGAUGGAAACAAGGAAAUGACUGGGGCGAGAUGAGGCAUGUUGUAUGCUCCUUCAGGAGGCCAGUGCACAGGACGUUCUUGAGAGAUUUGUUACUGAACAUUUGCUUUGUUCCUCUCCUCCUGAGAUCGUCUGCAGAGAGCCUCCUGUGCCUUCUUUGAGAAGUCAUAUUAAUCCACAGGAAUAAUUAAAAGCUAUGUAUGGGAACAUUGCAGGAAUAUUUGAUAACUAUUUCUUAUAGAAGUCCAAAUUCCACUCUGUAAUAAAACCAGAAGACAUACUAAAUAUUUUUCACAUUUUAUUUAAAGAUGAGACUGUAUAGCAUAUACCCUUAUUACAGAAGAAGUGGUAUAUCAUUUAUGGUGACGGCCUUGCAGGAACUCAAGCCUUGUUCUGUACACACUGUAGCAUUAAAGUGUUGGUCUUAAUUUGAUCCUGUUGUACCAAUAUCUUACAGAAUUCUCACCAAAAAUGUUGAAACUUAUCAGAACUGUUUUUGAAGAGGUUUAACACUGUGUUUCUCCCAAAGUAGGAAAAUGAUUUUGUUGUUGUUAUUGUUGUUGUUGAUAAUGAUGAUGGUGAUGGUGAUGAUGAUAGUGAUAAUGAUGAUGAUAUAAUGAAGAGAAAAUGGAAUUGUACAUGGGUGGAGAGAAGGAACAAUAGUCAUAACCUCAUCCUGGGGAAUAAGUUAUGAUCCUGGGAAUCAGCGUCAGCUAGUGAGCUAGGCUCAGUCUUUGAUUUUAUGUCAGUUCACAUGGAUUCUUGGCCAGCAAAGAUUCUUACAAACCUCUAAAAGAUGCAGGUCAGGGAUAGACUGGGUCCAGAAAGGAGAGCAAAUGCUCCAAGCUGGUUAUUUUUUUUUAAUUUUUUGAGACAAGUUCUCUAUAUAGUCCUGGUUGACCUGGUACUCGCUAUGUGGACCAGGCUGGCCUUGAACUCAAAGAGAUCUGCCUGGCUCUGCCUCUUAAGUGCUGGGAUAAAAGGUGUGCACCUUUUUAUCAUGACCUUGAAUGACAAGUAGGGUAGGCCAGGGGUCCUUUGAUGUCCAAAAACUUAUUAACAGAAAAAAAAUUUUUAUAGCAAAAUGAAAGAAAGGUGGUUACAUUAAUAUUAACCUUUGAGUAGAAUUUGGGGGCCAGGUUGUUUUUUCUAACCCUGGCCCUUGUAUCAGAGAAAAGCCACCUUUUCCUCUCUCUCAAUUUUCCCCCUAAGCCACCACUCCUUGAGUCUAUCUACUACAAGAAGAAGAAAGAGAUCUGAGGCUGAACUAAGAAUAGUAUUGAAAGCCAUUGUUUUUAAGACUUGAUGGAAUAAAAACUCAAGCUUUCUUGUUGGUGGAGGCUAUCUAGAGAUGAACUCAAAUUUUACAUCUUGCGUCAGCAACUUUCUAGAACCUCUGAACCAAGAACCUUAGGUACUUGCCAGAUACCUAAGAGUCUUUCCAGAAUCUGCCUGUCAGUCACCAGCCCCUUCAGGGACAGCCCUAAUAAUAGAUGCAAGCUAGUGAAAGCAGUACUGUAAUUUAGUGCAAGCUUUGAGAAACAAGAGUGCAUAGUUAGCAUCUAGUAAGUCAUAGACGCUGUAUUUAUGCAGAUAUCAUCUUUUCUAAUGGCUCAAGAGGAAGAAUAUGAUCACAUGGUUAUUCAAAGUGUAAGAAUGGGACAAAACAAACAAGUACAUAAGGAACUUAACAGGCUUGAGGUUGCUAUGAGCAAGACGCUUUUCCCAUUAUUUUCUUAUGCAGUUUUUCUUCAUUCUCACUUUAGCUAUAAAGCAAACCAAGGGAAUUCAUAGGAGGGAAAAUUCCACUUGCAGCUGGCCUCUUCCCCAUGGUGUCCUUGUUAGUCUUGUGGUACAAAAGACAGAAGCCAAUUUUAUUCAUGCCAGAAGGAUCACCUCUGCUUCCUGUGGGAGGUCUGCACAAGCCCAGUUCCUGAUGGAUCCUGUGGAGGGAAUGGGAGAUAGGAGAUGGCUUUCACUGAUGCUGUUGCUACUUUAGGUCCCUAAGUAAGAUACUCAUGAGUCAUGACAGGUAGUACUGUCUCUGUGCCUUUCAGAAACACAGCAGAUCCUGCAUGCUGUCAGGAUCCAGUCCAUAGCAUGAGCAGUCUUUCUUUUCUGACAUCCUAAUUCUAUUUACCUUCCCUCUGAAAAAAAGAAAAGAAGGCCGGGUGUGGUGGCACACACCUUUAGUCCCAGCACUUGGGAGGCAGAGGCAGGCAGAUAUUUGUGAGUUCAA